GACAUUUUUAUUUCUAUUGACAACUUUUAAAAAUGGCGUAAUUCUGUUUGGAGGGUGGCGGCGUUAUUGUUUUUGUUGUAAAACAUAGAUUUUAAUAACAAAAUUUUCAAAGCUGUGUUUACGGAUGAUCAGGAACUCAUAAUCUAGCACUAUGGCGCUACGCAAAGUAAAGGAGGAGCCCGAAAGUGCUGAAAGUUCUUCAGAAGACGAAAGUUUGUCGUCUCUGAAGAGAAAAGCCGAAAGUAUGGUAAUUCGCAAAAGAAUUAGCGAAGACAGUGAUGAUGAGCCGCUGGUAAAUAAUGUCCUGGUUACUAUUGAGGUGCAGGAGGUAGAAGAAGCCCAGGCUUUCGAUUUUAGCAUGAAAUCAAAGCCAUCAACGUCAAAAAGAAAAAAGAUUGUUAAAAAUAAAAAGAAAGGUAGACAAUUUCCAUGUUAUAUUUGUGAAGCAGUUUUUAGUACAUCGCAAGAUUUGAAGACGCAUUCAUUGGAGCAUCAAGUAAAAACUAGACAUAAAUGUGAGGAAUGCGGUCGCUAUUUCAAGAAAGCUUUUAGUCUGCGUCUGCACAGCAAGGUUCACAUGGAGAAGAGCCUCAAGUGUCCGUUGUGCGAUCUCAAGUUUGGUUUUAAAGUUAAUUUGGCCCGGCAUAUGAUGACCCAUGAAAAGACAGUACAAUGCGAAAUGUGUUCAGAUAAGUUCCACACAAAGUUCCAACUCAAAAAACAUAUCAGCUCACAUCCAAAGAGACAUUAUGAAAGGACAGAAGAAAUAAAACCAUGCGCUAUAGAAUGCAAGGUUGAGGCUAUAUCAGACCACGAAACAGAAGAUGCAGGGACAGGCACUGAGAACGACUUGAAAAUCGACGAAAAUGGUUCCGAGGAAUCUAAUGAGCCUAGUUACAAUUAUGAGAAUAAAACUGAAAUGCCUGAAGAAUACUUGAGAAGACAAGACUUAUCAUAUCAAACACAAUGUUCAAUAGUCAACAAGCUUUAUAAAGGGAGAACAGUGGACGAGAUAUGCAAGAUGUAUAAUUUAACACCCGAGGUGGUCAAUGAGUUAUGGGAGGAUAGGGAGAAAUACAUGAUCCACAAGAAAGCCGGCAAGAAAACACUGAAAUACAUGAACAGUAUUCUAGACACUAGGAUUUUAGAAUGGUUCCAUAAUCAGAAAGCCAAUAAUAUACAAGUUUCAGGUAAAAUGUUACAAGACAUAGCAGAAGCUUUUGCAAAAGAAUCUGGGUUCAUAGCUUUUAAUGGGAGUAAAAAAUGGCUGGAUAGAUUCAAGAAAAGGUACAAUAUAUGCUUUAGAGGUACACCCUCCAAGCGUGAUUAUCAGAAUGUGUCCGUUGAAUCUAAAUGGAAGAAAAUAUUCUUUGACGAACAGUGGUGUGAUGUAAGAUUAGGUAUAAGUGAUGAUGACAUAUACACUGGUGAUGAGGUAGGGUUUUAUUUCAAUCCCUCAAAAGGCAGGAUAAAGAAACUAGCUGGAAGGAAGUUCAUACAGGGUUAUGCCAAAGACCGAUUGGCAGUUUUCAUGUGUGUCAAUGUUCUAGGAACGGACAGGAAGAAAUUACUUGUGUGUGGAACUGAAGAUCCAUUGGUACAUUCAUAUAGAGAUCCUGACACUUUACCAGUGACUUACAUAAGGCAUUCCCAAGCACACUUCACCACACAAAUGUUUGAAGAGUACGUCAAAUAUUGGAACAGAGAAUUACAAUUACAGAAUCGUAAAGCAAUCCUCGUUUUAGACCGGGCUGCUAUACAUUCUAAGCUACAAUUAUCCCAUUUGAAGCUGGUAUUCGUACCAUGGAAAGCUGCAAGUGGUUUAAUGCCAAUGAAGAAUGGAAUUUCUGCAGCAUGCAGUGAAUUUAGAAGAUUAAUAUUAGAAGAGAAGGUUAUGAAUGUGGCGCGCGGAGUGGACAGGAACAUGACUUGUUUAGAAGCGUUAUAUUUGCUUGAAAAGGCGUGGAACAGAACACCAUCUGACAUAAUAACAAAUAGUUUUGUCAAUACUGGUUAUGAUGUACAACCUCCGCAGCCAAACUUGUACAUAGUACCAAAAGUAACUGACAAUGACGAACACAUGUUGUGCAACAUGUUGAAAGACUACGACGUUGAGUCUUACUACACAGAUUUACCAAAUUUGGACAUGUUUUUGACUGUUGAUGAAGAAUUGUUAACUGGACAAGGUACAAAUGGUUCGGUGUUUGGUGGUAACCAUAGAGUAACGGACCCUGCAACUCAAGAGAGGGAGAAGGAAGAUAUUCUGCCAUUGGCUACGGAGAAGCCAGAGUCAAAUGACAAAGAAAUGAGGAUUAAAAAAUUAAGAGCGCUACAAGAUUUGGACAUAGUGAGAAAAUAUUUGCUGUCAAGUGAUACACCGUACAAUGUGUACUGUAAUUUGAUGGAAAUAGAAAAGUUUGUUAUGGACGAACCAAUUAGUUUAGAGUGAAGUCAAUUUGUAGUGUUUUUGAAUUCUUGGUAGAUACUUUUACUCUUCCAUACUAAUAGUUGAGAUUUUCAAGUUUUGAGAGUUAAACUGCUAGACCAGGGAUCGCGAAUAAAUGGCACGCAUGCCAGUGGUGGCACGGGCCAAAAUAAUUCGAACAUGCGAGUAAUAUGCUAAAUAUUGUAUAUGUAUCUUUCUUUGGGCUUCACUUUGCUUUACACCGGGUUCAAUGAAGCCACGUUACCGAGCCCCGGCAAAAAAAAUAACUAAUAUAUAUUUGGGCCAAAAAAAGUCGAUAAAGAGCAGCAAUCGGAUAGAUAAAACCGAUCCUGGAUGGCAUGUUGCGUGCCAUAAUGUUUUUUUUAUUUAUAAUGGCACGCAAUUGGCUUAACGUGUCAUAAUGUUUUUUUUUAUUUAUAAUGGCACGCAAUUGGCCUAAGGUGCCAUUGUAACCAAAGGUUCGCCAUCUCUGUGCUAGACUAAUUAUAAUCAAAUUUUAUAAGGAGUUAGCCGAAAUCUGGUAUACGGAGUACAAAAAAGAUUUACAAGACAAUGUAGGCAUGCGUAACAUCAUACUUAGUCAUUCCUAUUUGUAGUGCUGCGUGAUUUACGUCUCAAGUAUCAACACGAUUCAUGCAGGGAGGGAUCUAGGUACGAGGGGGUCAUUUGCACUAAUUAAGAUUAAAUUAACAGCAUAGCUCAUUCGUACAAUUAAUACAUUAUGUAAUAAAUAUGUGAAGAUGUUUGUCGAGGGAUGAAUUGAUUUUUAUGAAAUUUUGCAUACGGAUAAACCAAGUCCUGGAUUAACGUAAGGGCAACUUGUAUCCUGAAAAAAGUAAAAAAUGUUUUAACAUUUUAAGGAUUUUUUGCAGAAUAGACUAGCGCGCGUGCGGAACCGA